AUGCAGUUUUUGUCAUCCGGGGCAGCUGGAGAAGGACAGAGUUGUGCUGUCGCAGCUCAUCUGGCCUACUUUCUCAUCGAGCGCCAACUAGGCAGUGUACGCCGAGACGCCUUGCUUUCGGGGCUGGCUGGAGCACAGCUCCUCACUUGGACCUCUUCGCCCCGACCCUUUGCUCAGGCCGCGGCUGGAACACCAACCGGCCAUGCCCUCGAGCAGUCAGGAGCUGAGCUUCGUAACUUCUUCUUUCAGACGGGCAAUUUGUCUCCGGCAUCCGGGUUGCUGGGCGAGCUGGACUCCGCAGGUCUCGUCGCUAAGGCCGACAGCUACAGUCGCUGGCAUUCGUCUUCAAAUGGCCCUCACCAAGCAACCUCGAGGUUGGCACAAGAUUCAGCCGCCUGGUCGCGGCUGGAUACAGAUUCUCGGUUGCCUCCACAACCAGCUGGCCGGCUGAAUGAGGCUACUGCAGCUGGGCAAGCCAGCAGCCGUCGUGGGGAGGCUGACAAAGAGCGCAGAAGGCCGGAUAGAAGAGGAGUCCUUUUCAACGGGAGCAUCAACAGACACAAAUCCCCACUUCUGCCCACAUUAUGGAUUGCAUUGACGCUGUUGGUUUUAGCAUCAGAUGUACUUUGCUGA